AUGGCAAAACCAUCUCUUGAGGGUCUUCCCGUUGAGCUCAAAAUUCUCAUUUUAUUCCAAGUGUCGGAUGGCGACACUCUCAAAUCCCUCAUUUUUGCAUCCCGUGAAUACUACCAGGCAUACCUUACCGUGAAACAUCAGCUGCUUUCGAAUCUCGUUAAACAACAAUACCAAGGAUCCCUCGACAUUGCAGAGGCGCUCACGGCUCUGAGGUCUGAAAAUUUGACCUAUAGCUGUGAGAGAGAAAUGACAAUUGCCCUGCUGGACAGAUGGCGCCGCAGAGAUGAGAUUCGCGCUUCGGAACAAGUUUCCUCCAGUCAAAUCGACGAGCCUCAGAAUCUUGAAGAAACCAUCAAGCUCUUGAACUUUCACAAAGUUCUGUGCUUUUUACUCGAGGAUUUUUCAAUCAACGCACCGAGACCCCCAUGGAUAGAACCUAUUCCAUGGGCAAAGCUCCUCCCAUUGCAAUUGACGCUUUUGGAAAAGCAGCGAUUCCUGCGGGCAGCCUGUCGAUUACAAACUCUACAGGAUAUUUUUGGGAAUGAUAUCAAAACGGACGUGAGCAGAGAUCCAGGUCUCAAACACUGGCGGCUCAAUCGUGAGGCUGACAUUGAGGGAUAUGUCAAUCAAGACGGAGAAGAACUUUUUCAUUCUAUUGAGUUUCCAUAUCGAUCCUUCUAUGGAACAAUGCCUCCAUGGGAACACGAUGAGAUGUGUGGUGUGCUGAAUUAUUUCACUGCCAAGAUCAAGCCUAUCUUCGAUGUAAUCGCAAAUGACCUACGAAAACUAAGCAAAAGUACACCAUGCAAGUACUUUUGGGACAUCCUUCCCGAAGAAGAGAGGAUAUAUGCAGCUAAUGUUGAGGUUGAAAGUGACCUUGCUGAGUUCCCUUAUCAGUACAGAUACAUGGCUUCUUUGGGGCCUGUAUUUCUCUAUCGCGUUUUACAUAACUUAUGGAUCGGCUUACUCAGCGGAAUGCCAUUUGCGAUAGUUAACACCAGAGGCUGGUGGGCAGAGCCAUUUAUUGGAAGUGAAGUGCAGUGUGAUAGGUCUGAGUUUUUCCCCUUGACCGAACCAGCCGAUCUGCUUGAAUCUCCAAAUUUUGAGGAAUACCUGACUACUUUACCCCUUCUCAAACAACCAACUCUGGGAUGGAAGAAAGCAUGGUUGAAGCCUCACACCAAAACAGAUACACUUGAGGACUCCAUGAAUUGGCAACGAGACGAUGAAAAUGACUUGGAAUGGGGUUAUGCUCUCUGGGAUGCGGCAAGACUGGAGGAGUGGAAAGCACCAUUACUAGCAGGCAACGAAGUUAGUAUUAGGCUACUUUAA